CCAUGCUCACGUCUCCCCACCCCCAAACUAGGCCUUGAGGACCUCGAGCUGUGGAAGGGCGGGAAAGGCAGUUGGAGGGAGGGCCGAGCGGUUUACUCACUCCAUGGCUGUGGAAAAGAGAGGCGGCGGCGGCCUCGGUUGAAGAAAGAAGACGGGAGCGGGAGCGAAGGUAGAGAACAGGCAGAUGUGGCUCCUUGCCAGUCCAGUCACUUGGCUUCCACUAAGUUCCUCUUCAUUAACUAAGAUGAAGACAAAUGUGACUCAGUUUGGAAUUGGAGGCUUUUAAAGGACCUGGCCUGUCUGGCCCAACCAGGACAGCAGGACAAAGCCGCUGCCAUUCGCCCUGGUGCUGCAUACGCCGAUGAUGACUUCUGUCCUGGGCUAACCAGAAAGGCCAUGGGCACUGAGCGAGCCCCCCAGGGCCAGCCAUGCACCCUGCACCUCCUUGCCCUGGCCCCCAUCCUCUUCAGCCUGGCACCCUCCCUGGCCUGGAAGGAGGCCUCCAGCCAGGACCCCUUCGAGAAAUGCAUGCACGAUCCCGACUAUGAGCUGCUGCUCAAGGUGGUGACCCAGGGCCUCAAUCGGACCUUGCAGCCCCAGAAGGUGAUUGUGGUUGGCGCUGGUGUGGCCGGGCUGGUGGCUGCCAAGGUGCUCAGUGAUGGUGGACACAAGGUCACCGUUCUGGAGGCAGAUAACAGGAUCGGGGGCCGCAUCCUCACCUUCCGGGACCCUAAGACCAGCUGGUCUGGGGAGCUAGGAGCCAUGCGCAUGCCCAGCUCCCACAGGAUCCUGCACAUGCUCUGCAAGAGCCUGGGGCUCAACCUGACAAAAUUCACCCAGUAUGACGAGAACACGUGGACAGAAGUGAACGGCGUGAAGCUGCGGAACUACGUGGUGGAGAAGAUGCCCGAGAAGCUGGGCUACAAACUGCGCCCCAAAGAGAGGGGCCGCUCCCCAGAGGACAUCUACCAGAUGGCUCUCAACAAGGCCCAGAAAGAUGUCAAGGCGCUGGGCUGCAGAAAGGCACUGAGGAAGUUUGAAAGGCACACGCUCCUGGAAUUCCUCCGCGGGGAGGGCAAUCUCAGCCGACCAGCAGUGCAGCUUCUGGGAGACGUGAUGUCCAAGGAUGGCUUCUUCUAUCUCAGCUUCGAAGAGGCCUUGCGCGCUCAUAGCUGCCUCAGCGACCAGCUCCGGUACAGCCGCAUCGUGGGCGGCUGGGACUUGCUGCCGCGCGCGCUGCUGAGCUCGCUGUCUGGCCCCGUGCUGCUGAACGCGCCUGUCGUGGCCGUGACCCAGGGCACGCGCGACGUGCGGGUGCACAUCGCGACCUCGAGCCAGUCGCGGAGCCUGAAGGCUCUGACGGCCGAUGUGGUGCUGCUGACGGCCAGUGGGCCGGCGCUGCAGCGCAUGACCUUCUCGCCGCCGCUGUCGCGCGAGCGCCAGGAGGCGCUGCGCAGGCUGCACUACGUGCCGGCCACCAAGGUGUUCCUGAGCUUCCGCCGGCCCUUCUGGCAGGACGAGGGCAUCGAGGGCGGCCACUCGAACACCGACCGCCCGUCGCGCGCGGUUUUCUACCCUCCGCCAGGCGAGGGCGCGCUGCUGCUGGCUUCGUACACGUGGUCGGACGCCACCAACGCGUUCGCGGGCCUGGGCACCGAAGAAGUGCUGCGCCUGGCGCUCACCGACGUGGCGGCGCUGCAUGGACCGCACGUCUACCGGCUCUGGGACGGCACCGGUAUUGUCAAGCGCUGGGCUGAAGACCCACACAGCCAGGGCGGCUUCGUGGUGCAGCCGCCCGUGCUCUGGCAAACCGACGGCGACGAAGACUCCGAGGCCUUUGCACAGCCCUACGAUUGGACGACCCCCCACGGCCGCAUCUACUUCGCGGGCGAGCACACGGCCUACCCUCACGGCUGGGUGGAGACAGCCGUCAAGUCGGCGCUUCGGGCCGCCCUGCGGAUCAACAGCCCCGAGGGUCAGGCGUGCACGGAGGCCCCGCAGCAGCUGGGGGCCGAGCACCAGGCUACCUACCGCGUCCCAGGCCAUCCCCUCCUGCGGCUCCCGCACUCCACCCACCGGAAGACCUCACAUUAAAGUAUCUUCAGAAAAAGCC